GCAGAAGGACUUGUGCCUUUGACUCAGUGUGUCGCACUAGCAAGAGGCCAGAGCUUGUCCAAAAUGGCUGCCCGGAGGCGGCCCCACACUUGCGACGGAAGAGUCCUUCUUGGGGGACGGUUUUCUCUCUUGGCUCGCGUCUUGCUUACUGUCUCUCUCUGCCUGAGUCCCUGGUCAUGCCUUCCUACAGUACUCGUAACGAUUUACCAGCAAGACUGUUGAAAGCGUAACUGUCCGAGAUGCCUGUCCCUCCCCCGCCGGCGCCCCCACCUCCACCAACAUUUGCACUCGCCAAUACAGAGAAGCCUUCCUUGAAUAAGUCAGAGCAGGCUGGGAGAAAUGCUCUUCUCUCUGACAUCAGCAAAGGCAAGAAACUCAAGAAGACAGUCACCAAUGACAGAAGUGCACCGAUCUUGGACAAACCCAAAGGAGCUAGUGCCGGUGGCGGAGGUGGCCAUGGUGGAGGUCCUGGAUUUAGCAGUGGAGGGGGCAGUGGAGGAGGAGGAGGCAGUGGAAGCUUUGGAGGGGGCGGACCCCCCGGGCUGGGAGGACUUUUCCAGGCUGGAAUGCCAAAGCUGAGAUCUGCGGCCAGCAGAGAUAACGAUCCUGGAGGAAGCCGCCCACCAAUUUUGCCCCCAGGAGGAAGAUCCACAUCCGCUAAGCCCUUUUCGCCCCCCAGUGGCCCGGGGAGGUUUCCGGGGCCCUCUGUGGGUCACAGGAGUGGUCCCCCGGAGCCGCCUCGGAACAGGAUGCCUCCCCCGAGGCCAGACGUGGGCUCCAAGCCCGAGAGCCUUCCCCCGCCAGUACCAAGCACACCGAGACCUGUUCAGUCCAAUCUGCACACCCGGGGCUCCGUCCCGCGGCAGCCCAGCCCUGGACCCACCCCCCCACCUUUCCCUGGAAACCGAGGUGCUGCUUUUGCAGGAGGCUCUCUGCGCCAGGCCUCCUCGGGCUCCGCGUCCCCCUUCUCCAGCAGACCUCCCCUGCCGCCCACCCCGAGCAGGGCCUUGGACGACAAGCCCCCGCCGCCGCCGCCGCCGCCGCCGGUGGGCAACCGGCCCCCCAUCCACCGAGAGGCGGUGCCGCCUCCACCCCCGCAGAACAGCAAGCCCCCGGUGCCCUCCACCCCGCGGCCUUCCUCCUCCUCCUCCUCCUCCUCCCAGGCCCCACCGCCUCCGCCGCCGCCCAGCAGGCCCGGCCCUCCCCCCCUGCCUCCGAACUCGAACUCGGGGAGCAGCGGGGACGAAAUCCCCAGGCUCCCGCAGCGCAACGUGUCCCUCGCCUCGCCGGCGCCUCCCCUACCGUCUCCGGGGCGCUCCGGCCCUCUUCCCCCGCCGCCCAGCGAGAGGCCCCCGCCCCCCGUGCGGGACCCACCUGGGAGAUCAGGCCCCCUCCCACCACCACCUCCAGUAAGCAGAAAUGGCAGCACAACCCGGGCCCUGCCUGCAACCCCUCAGUUGCCAUCCAGAGGUGGAGUCGAUGGUCCCAGGAGUGGGCCCAGGCCGCCGCUUCCUCCGGACAGGCCUGGGGCUGGGGCGCCUCCCCCACCUCCACCAUCCACAUCCAUGCGAAAUGGCUUCCAAGAUUCAUCAGGUGAAGAUGAAUGGGAGAGCAGAUUUUACUUCCAUCCCAUUUCUGAUUUACCACCUCCAGAGCCAUAUGUACCAACGGCCAAGACUUAUCCCAGCAAAUUGGCAAGAAAUGAAAGCCGGAGUGGAUCCAACCGAAGAGAAAGGGGUGCCCCGCCCCUCCCUCCCUUGCAGAGGUGAUCUUUGCCAGCCGGCUGUACCCAGGCUCCCGAGCUGCUUCUGAUGUUGCUGAUUGAGCAUUGCACACCCUCCUCCCCUGUCCCUUGUCCUUCUCAUCUAUGGCAGGACAAAGGAAGAGAGGGUGAAGUGGAAAUGUGUGUUUGGGGUGGGGAUCAGGAAAGAAAUGCACCUCGCUUCUUGAUGUUGCAUAUACUCUCCAAGCUAUAGCUUGCUUCCGCGGCCGCCUGCCUGUGUUGGCUGCUGGGAUCGAUAUGCGUCUGUGGCAGGUCGGCAGAGAUAAAUUGUAUCCCAGCUUUCAACCCCACAAAGCCGAACCUUCACUGCUGACUUGCUACAGGCUAUAAUUAUUAAAUUCCCUGAAAGCUGUUUUUCACACACUUGGCCUCCCAUUGGUUUCCAUGAGCCACAAACCACCUAAGCAAGUUGCUGAGCAAGGCCUCACAGGAAGCUUUUGUGGUUACAGGAUGUCCAGUCUUUGGCAGUCUGGGGUAGGCUCCAGGACAGAACUGCCCAACAGAAACAUAAUGUCAGCCCCAUAUGCAAUUUUAAAAUGACUAGUAGGCACAUUUUUAAAAGGUAAAGAGAAAUAGGUGAAAAGAAUUAUAUUUUAUUUAAUCCUGUACAUCUGAAAUAUUUCAACCUAUAAUCUAUAUAAAAUUAUUAAUGAGAUAUUUACACUGUUUUUGGUACUCAAUCUUGAAACUCCAGUGAUCAUUUUCCACUUAGAGCACAUCUCCAUUGGGACUAGCCAUGCUUCUAAUGUCUGGUAGCCACAUGUGCUUUCAAGGACCUGGAAGGGGGAAGCUAAUACAAAAACCUCUUGUUUAAAAAAAAAAAAAAUGGUGAGGCAAGUGUGGUGGAGAGCUCCUUUAAUCCUAACAUUUGGGAGUCAGAGGUAAGAGGAUCAUAGUGAGUUUGAGGCCAGCCUGAGACUACAUAGUGAAUUCCAGGUCAGGCUGGGAGCAAGACCCUACCUCAAAAACAAAAAAAAAAAAAAAUGAACUUUAGCAAUUCAAUAGGUAUCUAAAAAUAAAAUUAGAACCCAAAACCUUGUUUGGCAGACAGUGUGGCCAUAGAUUCUGGUCCUUUUGUUUUUCCUCUUUCUGUAAUAUAUGUAUAAGUGUUGCUUCAAAGUACCAUGGUCAAAAAUUGCUCUACUACAGUUUACAUGUCUGCAGUCACAUGGAAUAAAGCCAUUGAGGAAGGAACUGAAAUUAUAGGGUCUUCCAGGCUCAGAACCAGCUGGCUUGGGCACCCACUUGUCAGUCUACUGCCUGCCUUGCAGAUCAGAAGUGGCCUUGGCUCCUGUCCCCCUGAACAAGCUCCUCAGGGCCAGCUGGGAAAAGCUAGGAAGGCCAGACAGAGGGGCAAAUGUCAGGGAAAGGUAUCAGGUUAGAAUCAUGGAAGGAGGGAACAAAUGUGAGAUGAUGGCCAAAACUCUAGAAAAUGAACUGGGCUGGAAUGAUUUAAGGAACUUACUAGUAGGACUCAGAGGGAAUUGGUUUUGAAUCUGUCCAGCAGCAUCACUUGUCUUGGAUCUAUGCAAAUAAUGCUCCGCUAAAGGACCCAUAGGAAGAGCCAGACUUGCCUUUUUGUAUAUGAUUUUGUUUACAAAAUUUUACUGGGACUUUUAAAUCUAGCUGAAGAGAUGGAAAAAGUAUUUCCACUUUGAUGUUUUAUAUAGUUAUGUUUAAUACUACCAUUAUUUUUUAAAAGCACAUGAUCACAUAUGUAUAUCUACCUGGACUUUGUAUUUUUGGUUUCAGUGUAUUACUCAUAUAUUACUGGGAGAUGCUAACAGAAAAUCAAUCCAAAGAAAAAUUUCAAAGAUGCAUUUAUAGAAUUAUCUCAUUUAUAUAAAAGCAGAACUUAGGAGUUCUAAUAAAUGGAAUGUCUAAUAAA